UCAACUAUUGACGAUGUCAAAUAAUGCGACGACAGAUCCGAACAUCGCCAAUUGAAAAUGAAGGAGACGAGUUCAAAAAUGGAGAAGAACCCAGUUCCAGUGGGCAUAUAUUUGGAAGACCUCAAAACCAGUACACCUCUACACCACAUCGUCCAGAAGUGCUCAAUUUUGCUGCUCCCUCCGCUACCAGGUUGGCAAUGCGCCGAUCUGAGCAGCCUGUCACCUCGUCAACUCCAUUCUCGUCGUCAUCUCGUCCAAUGAGUGCAGUCUUCAAUACACCUUCCUUGUCGUCGUCAGGGUUUCCCGCCACAUCAACUUCAUCAAUUCGUGACUCUUCUCACCGCGAUAGACUUAUCUCCCUCCGGCACCGGAUGAACAAGGAAUUUGGCAACCGACAACUUGUUGGACCCACCGCGCAAACUGACUAUGAGCAUGAUGAAACAAUGAGCACAGUUUCUGACGCUCCUAGUCUUCAUUCUUGGCAUCAUAAAAUGAUUGUGAAAAACGAGACCGUGAUAGUAAACGCGACGGAUACACUAAGCUCUUGUGCAGCGCCACGUUCUGAAAUGGGAUUCGAGAACUCUUUAAUAAGCCAGAGUAACACAUCAGCAAAUGCAACAAUUACGCCGAUGAAAGUGAAUAUACCUAUAGAUGAAUCCCGUCAUCGAUCUUCCACAUGGACUCCCACGGAUAGCUCAUGCUCGGGCAUCUCGCCUAGCACAAGAGUACCACCACCAAUUCCAUCAAGAGCUCCAGUAAUGUCUCCAGUCCAAUCUCCCUUAACCCAUCCUCCGGUAGCACCAAUGCCACGAUGUCCACCACCUCUGCCACCCCGAACACCAUCAAUGAAGCUUCCAGAUCCGAUUGCAUUUGAGGUGGAAAACCGGAUAGAAGAGGAACGAAAGAAAAAUCUAAUACAGCGGGAGAUUUCAGUUGGUUCCUCUAAGAGCUCGGAUGCACUGAUGGCUUCAACGACGCCGGAUGUUAAAGAAGUGAACGGACAUAGGAAGUCAAACUCGAUUGAUAGAGGAUUGACAAUUGCAAAGGCAAUGAAGACUGGUCCAUUCCCACCUAACGCGCUUGCUCUUGGAGGCCGUGAAGCAACCGGAGAAGAAGAGGAGCGCAACGUUGUCGCCGAAGAAGUAAUUCGUCAAAUCACAACUGAUGUAGAAACAGCACAUAAUCUCAGUGACUGUCAGAAUGUUGACACAAUGAGCUUAGAGACUAUACCGUCGGCAUCCAAUUCUACUGCAUCUUCGCCAUCUUCAGCUUCAGAAGCGGAAUGUAAACAAAUUGCAAUCAGAAUCCCCGAUCCAAUACCAGAAGAAGCGCCAUCAUCGUCCAAAUCAUUUGGGGCAUUGGAGUCAGUGAAUAGUUUGAGUCCGGCUAAAACAGUAACCAAUCGCAAUUCGCGAAGCUUGUCAAACGAUGAGUUGAGAACCAACAAAUCGGAUAAGCUCUCCUCGUCUGUUGACCCAAUUACCCUUGAUGUGGAACGACGUUUGAGUAUGAAGAGAAGUGGUCAGCACGAGUCUGAUAGGCAUAGCAUUGGAUCCUUAGAUGAAACUACCUCGAACCGGACAUUGUCUCGUACCGGAAUCGAAAGUGCUGCAUCAUUUGCUCGGAACUCAGUGAGAUAUGCAAGUGGGAUGCUCAGAGGGGCUUUCAAGCGUGUGCGUAUCGCAGCUCAUCCAGGCUCGAGCAGUCUGAAUCGUCAUGGGAUUGGCGAAGAAACAAGCGACGGAGAAGAGAGCGACGAGCCACAUCAUCCAUCUGUUGCCCCUAGUAACAUCGUCAGACCACGAAAAAGCAAGAAAGGCCCAUACGACUUUGAGCAUUUGACAGUCGAGCAGGAGCUGAACAACGAGCAUACCGGAGCCAUAUGGUGCAUCAAGUUUAGCAUUUGCGGAAAACUGAUGGCAACAGCUGGACAAGAUUCUAUUCUUCGCGUUUGGGUUGUCAGAUCACACCUGCAAUAUUUCUCAGACAUGCGUGAAAAGUAUGCGGCCAACGCAAACCCUGAAGCAGAUCCAAUGAAUUCAGUAGAUAAUAUGGAACACUUUAGACCGCCAAGCUCUAUGGAAAGUGUAGUCAAUAGUGAAGCAACUACUGCUUCUGAUGAUAACAAUGGAUUAUUUUGUGCAAAACCAUUUGCACUAUUGAAGGGUCAUACUGCGGAUAUUCUCGACGUGUCUUGGUCCAAGAAUUACUUUAUACUAUCAUCUGGAAUGGAUAGGACAGUCAAAUUGUGGCAUUUGUCACGCAAUGAAUGCCUUUGCUGCUUCCAGCACAUUGACUUUGUCACCUGUGUUGCUUUUCUACCAAAAGACGAUCGUUACUUUUUGUCAGGAUCAUUGGAUGGAAAAUUGCGGAUGUGGCAUAUUCCCGAUAAGAAAGUUGCCGUCUGGAAUGACACUGAAAAGAAAUACAUCACUGCGAUGACAUUUGUGAAGAGUGGAAAGUUUGCGGUUGUAGGAACCUAUGACGGAAAAUGCAUCUUUUAUACUUCUGAUCAACUGAAAUAUCACACUGCUGUGGAUGUACGGUCAACAAGGGGUAAAAAUGCCCGUGGUCAUAAAGUCACCGGAUUGACUUCUCAUGGAGACAAACUUUUGGUGACAUCCAAUGAUUCGCGAAUUCGAAUGUAUGACAUUCGAGACAAGGCUCUCACAUGCAAGUUCAAAGGGGUGCAAAACGACCACUCUCAGAUCCGUGCUGCCUUCUCACCAGACGGCCGGCACAUCAUCUGCGGCUCAGAAGACAAGUUUGUCUACAUUUGGCGUGCCAGCGACACCACCGUCGCCUUAUCAGUCCGGAAGGAUCGCAAUUCGUGGUGGGAACGGGUGCGAACACACAACGCGCCUGUGCCUGUGGCCGUGUUCGCGCCAAGACCUCAAGUGUUCUUCAACAUGCUUAACAAGCGGGAUAAGCACUCCAAAUCUGACUCGAUUGAUUUUAAUAUCAGCGGGCAAGUGUUGCCGGGACAAUCGGAUUCGCUAACAUCCAAUGGCAAUUUGUCGAUUCCAGGACAUGUAAUUAUCAGCGCUGAUUUGAAUGGAGUGAUCAAAGUGAUGAUAAACCGUCCGCGUCUGGUCAAGGCAAAUCCACUGGACCCAAAGAAUUCACGUUCUCGAUCCUCCACUCUGCUUACCUAGUUUUCUUAAUAACAGAUAUUAAUCAUUUUUCUUUGAAAAUUUAUAACUUUCCUCCGUUUUACUACCAACGGCGUCAAACCGACCCCGAGUGAGCUUUAUUAGCAAAUUCCACUAGAUUUUUGUUUUUUUUUAAUCAAACCGCACGAUGUCAAUAGUUAAUUUUUGAAUUUUUGAAUCUUUGAAUUUUCAUCCCACUCUACUCUUUUUAGCCCUAUUGGUCUCCAAAUUCUAUGAUGAUGUCUUUUGUUUUUUUGCUCGCGCAGCUUUGCUUUUCUCUAGGAAUAACCUAUGUGAUGUGUAAACCUUUCGUCCUAAACGGGAUAUGAAUUUCUUUUCUUCUGGGAUAAUUUCUGCAGUUGGUAACCCAUACAGUUCCAAAUGUUUUCUAUGAGUAAUAAAUUUUUCGAUUUGCAUU